UUGUUGUUUUUGUUUAGAGGUAGCGCACACGGAGAGUGAGUGAGAGAGUGCGUGCGCGACAGAGUUUAAGCUAUUGGAAUAAACACAGAAGAAUCAACUAGUUACAAUGCAACAGAUGUAGUGGCAAUACACGCACACACACACAUGAACCGACUGAACUAAAGUGAUCUCUCUCGCAUACCGGUAUCGCAAUCAGGCCGGAGUCUUUUAGUAGUUAUGCGACGAUUGAACUACACACAUAUAAAAUACAUACAUUCAGAGUGAGAGAGCGAAGAAGAGACAGAACACGAAGAAGAAUCCAUACGUAUAUACCAAAUUAUGUGUGAAUAGAUUUUUUUUUGUCGAGCGCGCGCGAGAGAGAGCCUAAGAAAAGUUCAGUGUGUGUUUCGUAUUUUGAGAACCCCAUUGCUGCGUUCGCAUGCAGUGAAACACGCACAUUUUUUCACGUUCUUUUGCACUAGAAAAAUCGUCGAAUUUCUCCAGGAAUUAAUAAAAUUUUAGAACAAUUUGCAUUAAAUGAAAUUUAGCCUGAAGUUUGUGUGUGCGAUUCAUUUAGCCAAUAAUUUAUUUAGAAGGAAAAACAAGCAGAGAGAUAGAGAGUUUGAAGAGUGUGUUCGUGGUUUAAGUUUUAAGUUUGCCAGUGUGUUCUUUUUCGUGUUUAAACAUUUAGAUUAAGUCGUGUGUGAUCAUUUUUAUAUGGAUUAAAAUAUUGAAACUACGAACAACCAACAAAAAACACUGGAACUUUUCUCUGAUCCCUGAUGUGCUGCAAUUGAUGACGAGAAAAAUAAAAUUCAUUAGCUCAUUCAACCGAUCGACUCGGAUUAUAUAUACAUUUGGAUCGUACACUCUUUCAAUUGGAAUUCAAUUAAAAACAGCAUUAGUUUGGCAUUGGUGCGCAUAGGAUUUUCUGUUUGGCCGAUAUCGACGAAAAAUGGAUAUGCAGAGUGCAACAAUAGCCACAAUGUCUGAACUAGUUACAUCAAGCGUAAGCGGUAAUAACAGUGGAUCGAAUAAAAGGAAGCGUCGCGCCUCGUUUGAUGAGAUUGACAUUGAGAAUCAACGGCCGCCGCCAUCAAAGAAAGUGUAUUCAUCGUCGGGCGAAGACUUGGAUUCGGCUAGUGAUAUUGAGAAUGAUGCGAUCGAAUUGGAUUUGUAUGCAACAAUUGGACCCAGUCCACCACAACAAUCGGUGAAUCUACGGCAGAAAAUCGACGGUGGCGUUUGCACGAUACGCACCAAUUCAUCAUCAGCAUCAUCACGUUCGACAAACAAUAAUCACGAUAGUAAUAAAAAUAGUAGUUUAAAUAAUAAUGAUAAUCAGCACAAGGACAGCAAUUGCAGGAGUGUCAGUGGUCAAACGGUACCGGCGACAACUCUAACGCCAAUCAAUAACAUCGAACCAAUUCAUGUUAUCGAAAUGACGCCACAAAGUCUUAAGAAAACCGAACCAUGGACAAAAUGCACAAAAUGCCAUUCGAGAAACGAUACGCGCAUUUGCCCAUUGCCGUUGCUGUCGUGGGCCGAUGCAAAGGAUGUGUGGCGUUUCAUGUGCGACAAAGAUAAAAAGACUUCGGUGGAUAGGAAUCCAAAGAUGUUGCAAAAACAUCAAGGGCUACAGCCACGUAUGCGUGCAAUCCUGUUAGACUGGUUGAAUGAGGUGUGCGAAGUGUAUAAAUUACAUCGCGAAACCUAUUACCUAGCAUUAGACUAUCUCGAUCGGUAUUUGUCGACGAAUGUUAGCAUCUCAAAAACAUUCUUGCAAUUGAUCGGAAUUACGUGUCUUUUCAUUGCGGCAAAAGUCGAGGAAAUCUACCCGCCAAAGUUGAGCGAAUUUGCCUAUGUCACGGACGGUGCAUGCAGCGAAGAAGACAUUCUCAAACAGGAACUCGUCAUUCUUUGCGCAUUACAAUGGCAAACCAGCCCAAUCACAAUCAUCGGAUGGUUAGGUAUUUAUAUGCAACUUCAAGUUAGCAAUCGAACAUCAAAGACCUAUGAAGAAACACCUCGAAAACCCGUACUGAAAGAAACCGCUACCGUCACACAACAAACAUCACACAACGAUAAAUCGGCAACGGCCGCCACGAAUGGUAUCGAUGACGGAUUCGUUUUCCCACAAUUUUCCGGACUAGAAUACGCACAAACCGCACAACUCAUCGAUCUCUGUACGCUUGACGUUGGCAUCGCCAAUUUUCCAUACUCCGUCAUUGCCGCUGCUGCCAUCAGUCACACAUACAACAAAAAACUUGCCGUUAAACUGUCUGGCUUGGAUUGGGCUACGAUUGCUCCAUGCCAUCGGUGGAUGGAACCAUAUUUUCAUGUCAUUCUUCAACAGCCAAAAUUGACGUUGCAAGAGAAAAAUGAACAGACCGAAACGAAACAUGGCUUGAACUCAGUUUGCACUAACAUCAAUACAGACGAUUCACACAUUAUCCAAAUGCACACCACAUCCAUGGAUAUGUUUGAUCAAGCCACUUUGUACCGUGAACAAAGUUCGCAAGAGGCGUCACCAGCUCCAGUGCGUACAAACGUCGAUCACAUUUGUCCACCAGAAGGUUUGCUCACACCGCCCGAUUCUAGUCGAAAAUUCCCUGAAACACAUCCUGAUUCAACAUACAAAUAGAAAAACAAAACAAAAACAAAGACUUGAACCACAAACAACCUAUAAAUUAACUAAAAAAAACAACAACAACAAAAAAACCGAAAUUAAUUUAAUUUAUUUUCAUAGAAGAAAGAAAAACAAAAUGUUUGCAUGAAUAUUUUAUGCGCACUUUAUUAAAAAAAAAAUCACUUUUAGCUUUAAUAUAAUAAAAAAUUGUAGGGAUUCAAAAAGAAAAUUCAAAUAAAACUCGAUUAGGUUUUAUGUCAAUAUACAAAAAAAAAGAAACGCAAAAUAAGGAAAAACACAUGAGUGAAUCGCUGAUUCAUGCGAAUGCUAGGGAAAUUAAGAAAAAGAACCGUUUUUGUUUCUUUCUAAAAUUUAUUUUUGAACUGUUCAUUGUAAUGGCUUGGAUCGUAUUGAUUCAAGCAAUUUUCUUAGGAGAAAUAAAGAUCAAUAGAGAAAAAUGUACCAAAAAGAUUUAGGAACAAACGAAAAUAACUCAUUAAUAAAUUGAAAUUGAAUGCACAUCGAAAUGACUAUUAAAAUAGUAAUUAUCAAACACUAAUCAAUUCACUCAUAACAAAUUAGUUCAUAUUUCGUCAAACAUAAACAUUUCAUAUUCAUCCCUCGUUUGUUUCGAUGUCUAUCAAAUUGUUGCGGUUUUAUGCAAAAUAUGAUUUUCUAUUGUAAUCGGUUCCCAGGCAUUCUUUUGCGUGCGAUUCGCACUGAUGCGUUCGAUAAUUGUAUCAACGUGGUCAUCAAACGCAUGCACAGAAAAAUGUGCAUUAGCAUAAUUGUGGCACUCAGAUCAAUGUGGAACUGGCAUAAUUAUCAACAUGCGAUACACUCGUGGUUUUUCUAAAUAGACUGACUAAUUGAAGGAUUAUGUUAUUUCCUUCAAAGAAACAAAAAAAAAAACCAUAGUGAUGUGUAAAGUAAUUCUAAAUUUCCAUUUUGCUUUUUCUUUUCUGGAUUAGUAAAUAUAAUUGCCGAUUAUAGAAGAAGAUUUGAGGAGAAAAAUAUGUGAAUUGACCAUAUUAAUGUAGUUUAAUGAAGUUAGUUGGAGACUGCUUUAACUAUUCGAUUGAAGCAAUGCUUGCGUUAAAUCAUUGAACGAGAGUAAAAUCACACAAAAAUAAACAUUUACUUAAAUUCAAAACAAAA